CGCCCUGUGUGCACCGACAAUAAUAUGAGGAGUGGCAGUUCGGAAUUACUACUCGAGCAGCAACAACAAGAGCUACGGUUACGUAAAAUCCGAGAACUGGCUCCAAAAAAGAAAAAUGGCAAUCGGCGCUUUCGUUCGUGGCGGGAACGUGCGCGUUUCUAUGGCACCUCAACACUUGCCUUCUUCUCGGUGACGGCCGGCGCCUCGCUGCUGUUUCUGGUGCCACUCUACGUGGAUCCAGCCAUUUCGACGCUGAGCCACGACUUUAUCGAACACCCAACGUUGUGCACAACCACACGUCGCGAGGAUCUUGUUGGUAUAUUCAAUUGCUCGUGGAGCUCCUGCCGCGAGGGCUGCACCUCCGAUCUCUAUCGCUGCGUGCACAUCUAUGUGACAUUUAUCGAACAGAAUAUAACGAUACCAGAGAACAUGACCGACUAUAGCAACUACACCGCCGACUGGGAGCAGUCCAACGAGGCCACACUGCUCGUCAACAUUAAGGGCUGCGGCUAUCCGCCCACAGUGACGUGCAAGAACUUUAAUAUGUACUACGGCGUCGAGGGCGCCAUCUAUCCGUGUUUCUAUUCGCGCAAAAACAAGACGGUCGUCCUAACAUCCUACAAUCAUGACGACCAGGAGGCCGUGAUCAUACAUUUUUUUGUGGUGCCCUUCGUGAUAACGGUCAUCUCAUCUAUCGCACUGUGCAUCAUGCACUGCGAUUGCCGCUGUAAAAAGGAUCGCAGCCAUCGGCGCAAUCGUCCCCAGUGCCGCAGGCCACGCAUUGAAAAUCUCAGUGAUACUUCGAUAUCAACGCGCGUGGACAUGCUCACGCCAGCUAUUGAAGUGUAUAAGCCGCCUCUCUGACACAAGGACGACACUGUGGAGAGCAAUUUAGGGAAUCCAUCGACGAGUAGCGAUUUCUAGCAGAAGCUAAUCAUCACUGCGGAACUAACUACGGAUAAUCUAUUUGUUCUUCCAACAUAGUGUCAAUCAAGUCUAGCUAACUGAAUUCAAGAAGCCCAAAAGCCAUGGCCAAGACCAUGGCCAGAACCGGGGCCAGAAACACGGCCGUCGGUAAACUACACUGAAAAGUUUUAGCAAAACAAACCAAAUAUAUGCUACA